UCUCUUUUCUGGUAAAAGUUGCAAUUUCCCUGGCAGUAAUAGCAUCUUUUAUACACCUAUAAAGGCGCACGCCGAUGAUGGCAAAGCGCAGAGAGAGAGUGAGAGAGUAAGUCGCCGGGGACAGCGGUUCCAUUCGCCGGGAAAUCGGAUUUUCAGGCAAAGAUAAUAUAGAGAUCCGCUUAGAACUCAUUGGCAGUGUGAUAUGCCGUAUGCGGUGCGUGAAAAUUUGUUUAUUGGCAACAUUAGUGACGCUGCAGAGGUUCUUCAGAACGGUGGUGGGGAGAUCACUCAUAUACUGUCAGUCCUUAGUUCGGCAUCAAUAUCAUUUUUUUCUGAAUGGCGAAGUGGUCUUUUGAUCCCUUCUAAAGAGAUUCGGAAGGUAUAUGCUGGGAGCGUGGGGCCCCAGGAUGAUUCAGGUGACACUUCAAAGACUUCUUUGUCACCAGAUAAGCUUCUGUACGUGCUAGAAUAUGCUGGAAAGGACUUGAAGUUUGUUAGAAUGGCAGUGCCGCUUAGAGAUAUGGAGGGAGAGAAUUUGUUGGAUUAUUUGGAUGUGUGUAUAGAUUUUAUCGAGAAGAGUAGAAAAGAGGGAUCUGUGUUGGUGCAUUGCUUUGCUGGUGUAUCAAGAAGUGCAGCUAUUAUUACUGCAUACCUGAUGAGAACUGAACAACUAUCUCAAGAAGAUGCGCUUGAAUCUUUGAGGCAAAGCUAUGAAUUUAUUUGUCCCAACGAUGGUUUUCUGGAACAGUUGAAAAUGUUUGAAGAAAUGGGUUUCAAGGUUGAUCACACUAGCCCUAUAUACAAGCGCUUUCGUAUGAAAGUACUAGGUGAUUCUUACAAUCGUGGAGAAAGAAUAGAUAGUUCCAAAUUUGGGGCUGAUCCUGGCUUGCCUACAGAAGAAAUCUCGUCUGAGAUAGGAACAACCAGGAGUGGAGGAGUUUCUAUUCCUGCAUACCGCUGUAAGAAAUGCCGGAGAGUUGUUGCCUUGCAAGAGAAUGUGUUGGAUCAUGUUCCAGGUGAAGGAGAGACAUCAUUUGAGUGGCAUAAGAGGAGAAGUGGUAACCCUUUCAACAAAAAUGAUGAAAUUGAGUGUUCAUCCAUCUUCGUUGAGCCCUUACGUUGGAUGACAACAGUUCAAGAAGGUGCAUUAGAGGGCAAGCUUUUAUGUGCGCACUGUGAAGCUCGCUUGGGUUAUUUCAACUGGUCAGGCAUCCAAUGCAGUUGUGGUAGCUGGAUUACCCCGGCCUUUCAGCUACAUAAAGGCCGAGUUGAUGUUAGUACUGUCUAGUGAUUUUCCAGCCGAAAGAGACGUGGCUACUAGCCUACUACCAUAACCUGGGGGAGUUUCAUCUUUCUGUACUCAGCAUCUAUCCAGUAACGAUCUUAACCGUGUUACCAAUUAUUUGGAACACAAUUUUUAAGUUGAGAAUUUACAAGGGAAAAAAAUGAUGGAUGUGUGAGAACCUAUUAUUGUUCUGAGCUUGUUCUUUGCAUGAGCUCUUUUGACAAUCAGCAUAGAUAAAGUGAAGCUUGGUGGGUAGACCUUUUUAUGUUCAUGGUAUCAGGUUAAGUCACAUGAUCUGGUUAUUUCACAUUCAUAUGCUUGGAAGACUUGGUUUUCUGUUGCACAGAUCUUUUGUGUGAGAAUAUAUACACUAUUUCUUAUA